AUGACGCAAGAUAGUCACCAAACCGCCGCUGCGGCGGUAUUCUGUCCGCAGAAUAAGCCGCCAAAGCCAGACUACAUGGCGUCUAUACGCCGUUAUGUGCGCGGCAACCCUCUGCUCGAACCUCUCGAACAAGCGAUUCUCGACCUACCUAAUACCUGGAGCAUUUUCGCAAGAGUAAACGCAGACAUCGCUAACCUCAAAGAUGGGCCGGAAUACGUCAAGAACAUGCACGACUGGAUGGUGGACGAAAAAGUGCCCCUUCCCAUCCCAGAGAUCAUGUCUGGGACACUGGCACUCCCUCUCCUCACCAUAAUACAGAUCGUUCAGUACUUUCAAUAUCUCCAGUUCCGGGGCAUAAGUCAUGGCCAGUUCUUAAGUGAAAUCCGAGUAGGAGGCGCACAAGGGUUUUGCGGUGGAUUGCUACCUGCGAUGGCUAUCGCUGCUUCUCGUGACGAGGCAGAGGUGGUGCAGAAUGCAUGCAAGUCUAUACGGAUAGCUCUCGGAAUUGGCGCAUACGGCGAACUUGGUGACGACGAGGAUGCACCAGGCCCAACAACGCUUGUUCUCAGGACCAAGUAUGCGGGACAGGCAGAUGAAAUGGCUUCCAAGUUUCCAGGGGUAAGCUACGAGUUCUUGCAUAUCCGCUUUCUAGUCCCCCUGAAGAGGACUGUGCAAACUCUCGAGAAGUUCAAGUCUUUUGCCGAAGCAGAGGGACUCCCCGUCACACGGGUGAAUCUUCGCGGCAGAGUGCACAACCCAGCAAACCAGGAUCUCUCUCAGGAGCUUUGCCAACUUUGCACCGAGUAUCCCGAGCUGCGACUCCCCAACUCUGACGAAUUGCAAGUCCCCGUCAGAUCAAAUAACACCGGGGCGCUCUUAUCUGCAGGAGUCCCUCUGGCUCACGAAAUCAUAACAGGCACCCUGGUGAAGAGAUGUGAGUGGUUCACUUUGAUGGGGGAGGUGGCACGGGAUCUGAAGGAACAAGGGAAUCAAGAAAACCUCUUCGCUAUGUUCGGAACGGGCCGAAAGAACUGUGUUCCGGCCAGCCCGUUUGAGGAAGUAGGAGUGAAGAUGACCAAACUCGAUGUUAUGACUACUGUAGCAAUUGGGAAACUACCCGGAAACUGCUUACCGCCAGAUGCUUACCCUGAAGAUGCCAUCGCAGUAGUGGGUGCCGCCUGUCGCCUGCCGGGAGCGAACUCUAUCGAUGAGCUAUGGGAUCUGAUCAGUGCAGGGCGGUCGAGGGCACAAGAACUACCGGAAGAAAGACUGAACGGAAAGUUAGCAGCUCGUGUUGCGUUAGAUAAUAAGAGGUCACCACAGGACAAGUGGUACGGCAAUUUCCUGGAUGAUGUUGACUCCUUUGACAAUGCAUUCUUCGGCGUCAGUCCCCGCGAAGCCUUGUAUAUGGACCCCCAACAGCGUUUACUUCUAGAGACCGCCUACGAAGCACUGGAUUCAAGUGGCUACCUUCGCCACCAUCGCCGUGAGGACUUCGAUAACGUUGGCUGCUUCAUUGGUACCACAUACACCGAGUACUUGGAAAACACGACAGCAUAUGGCGCGACGGCAUACUCGGCUACAGGUACGAUACGAGCAUUCCAAAAUGGAAAGAUCAGCUACCACUUUGGCUGGAGCGGUCCCUCCGAGGCGAUUGACACAGCAUGCUCAUCCUCACUCGUUGCCGUCCACAGAGCUUGCCGAGCCAUACAAGCCGGAGAAUGUCCGAUGGCAUUGGCUGGCGGUGUAAACAUCAUCACCGGUAUUCAAAACUUCCUCGAUCUCGGAAAAGCUGGCUUUCUCAGCACUACGGGUCAAUGCAAACCGUUCGAUCAGACCGCAGAUGGGUAUUGUCGAGCGGACGGCGUUGGGCUCGUUGUGCUCAAAUCACUCAAGGACGCUGUCGCAAAUGGGGAUGACAUCCUCGGUGUGGUCUCGGGAAUAGCUACCAAUCACGGUGGCUUAUCGUCCUCCAUCACGGUGCCGUACUCACGCGCGCAGUUUAACUUGUUCAACAACGUGAUCCAUAGAUCUGGGCUGAAGCCACGCCAUGUGUCGUAUGUAGAAGCUCAUGGCACGGGUACGCAAGUUGGUGACCCUAUUGAGAUAGGAAGCAUCCGGGAGGUCCUUGGGAAGUCAAAGCGGGAUGAGACUCUAUAUCUCGGUUCCCUCAAAGCCAAUGUCGGACACAGCGAAACUGCAGCCGGUAUAGGCAGUCUCCUCAAGGUGAUAUCGAUGUUGCAACACCGAGAGCUGCCGCCGUUAGCUGGAUUCAAGUCUCUCAACCCCAAGAUCCCAGCACUGGAGCCAGACCAUCUGCAGAUUAAUCGCGAGAUUCUUCCAUGGGACGCACCGUUUCGUGCCGCCAUGGUCAACAGCUACGGCGCCGCUGGUAGCAAUGCUGCGCUUAUCUACUGCGAGGCUCCACGGGAUACCAGACCGUCAACCUCUGAUUCCGAAAUGAGCUAUCCUGUUUUCCUGAGCGCAGCUACCACCGAAAGUCUAAAAGGAAAUGCGACGAAACUGGCAGAAUACGUUCAGAAGGUUAGCAAUGGUAGUGUUCGAAGCAACUCGUUGACUACGGAAAAUAUCGCGAUGACGCUCCAUCAACGUCGAAAGCAUCAUAAUGUGCGUUGGGUCGGUACAGCCAGUGGACUUGACUCCUUGGCCAAGUCCCUGGAAACCGACGUCGACCAUGGGGUAUUCGAUACUACAACCUGUUCUAAGAAGUCAAUUGUCCUGACAUUCUCCGGCCAGAGCAAGCAAAACAUCCAGCUGGAUCCUUCUUGGUAUAGCUGGUUUCCACGACUUCGCUUUCACCUUGAUCAUUGCAAUGAAAUAGUCAAGAAACUCGGCUAUCCUUCCAUCUUGCCUGUAUUAUCCCAGCCCGAACCUAUUGACGACGUUGUACUGCUGCAAUGCGGCACCUUUGCCGUGCAGUAUGCUUGCGCCAUGUGCUGGAUUGAUUCGGGUCUCGAGGUACAAGCUGUCAUUGGCCAUAGUUUCGGAGAGUUGACGGCCAUGACCGUGUCUGGUGUACUCUCUCUAGCCGACGGCCUUCGUUUAGUCGCUUCUCGGGCAGCCCUCAUGCGCAAGAAAUGGGGUCCUGAGCGCGGAACCAUGCUCGCAAUCCAUGCAACCCAUGAUAUUGUCUCCGAUGUCAUCUCUUCUGUGAUAGGCACUAACCGCAACUCCAAGAAAAGGCUGGAAAUCGCCUGCUUCAACAGCCCCAAGAGCCAGGUCAUAGUCGGAUCAGCGGCUGACAUAGACAUGGCUGAAAAGAUAAUGCGCCGUGACCAACUUUUCCACGAUGUCCAACAUCAGCGUGUUAACACCAGCCAUGGAUUCCAUUCCGUCUUUACUGAACCCAUCUUGGAAAGUCUGGAUGCGGUCGCGCGAACCCUAACUUUUAACCAGCCGACAAUCCCGCUUGAGACUUGCACCCAGUACCCCCUUGAAAAUACUCAGGCCGAUAGGGUUGUACAACAUACCAGAACACCGGUUUAUUUUCACGAUGCUGUGGCUCGCCUUGAGAAACGCCUGGGGCCCUGUAUAUGGAUCGAGGCUGGAUCAGACUCUCCCAUCAUUCCCAUGACGAAAAAGGCUGUCAAGGAUACCGCGAUACACACAUUCUUGAGCAACAAAGCUAAGGGGAACAGCAAUGUCAUCGCUACUACCACCGCAGCACUUUGGCGUGAGGGUGUAGCUGUUGACUUCUGGCCUUUUCUCUCACCUAAAGAGUUGGGCCUCAAACCCGUUUGGCUCCCACCAUACCAGUUCCAACGGAAGCGCCAUUGGCUUAAGUGGAUUGAUCCAGCAACUGAGGAGCGGAAAGCUCUGAUCGAAAAUGGGUCGACCCAACAACAGGCCAUGCCUCCCAAGUUAGUCACCCGCUUGGGCACCAUGUCAGAGUCGUGGGCUUCGCUAGAGUUCGCUGUGCAUACCGAGACAAGCCGCUUUACAGAUAUUGUCUCUGGACACGCCGUGCGCGGCUGGCCCCUGUGCCCGGCCUCCAUGUACAUGGAGUGCGCGGUCAUGGCGGCCCAGAUGAUCAAGCCGGAGAUUGCGGUCAAGACAUUCAAGUUCGAAAACAUCUCCUUCCAGGGAGCCCUGGGCCUGAACCACGGUCGGAAUGUGUCACUCACCAUGGAAGGGGCUGGGGAGUAUCUAGCCUGGAGCUUUGCCUUCUCUAGUUCCUCUAAGACCGACCCCAAGGCACGCUCUACGACACACGCGAAGGGGCGCUUCAGCGUGACCUCUCGGACGGAUUUCCAGUUGCUCGAGCGCAUGAUGGCGGAUCGGAUCCAGCAUCUCGGCACGGAUCCUCGGGCCGAGAAGCUCAAUGCAAACCGAGCGUACGCGCUCUUCUCCCGCGUGGUGAACUACGCGGAGGUGUUGCGGGGCAUCUCGCACAUCACCAUCCUAGACUCCCACGCCGUAGCGCAGGUCAGACGUCCCACUGCGUCAGUCAGCAGCGCCGAAACGACCGCUGCCAAGAUAUGCGACACGGUGAGCUUGGACACAUUCAUCCAAGUCGUCGGCCUGCUCAUCAACAGCAGCGACGCUUGCCCGGAGGGCGAGGUCUUCAUCGCGACCGGGAUCGACGACAUCGUGAUGCAGGACUGCGACUUCUCAGCCUGCGACUCGUGGACCGUGUACGCCAUGUCCACGUCCAAGGGCGAGAUGGAGUCGGCCGGUGACAUGCUCGUGUUCACGGGCGACGGCAAGCUCAUCCUGACUGGCUCUGGGGUGAAGUUCACCCGCUACCCCAUUGCCAAGCUGGAGAAGCUGCUGUCAAGUACUAGCUCCAGCUCCAGCAAUGUGGCCAAGUCCGCAGCCACCAAAAACGGGCCGUCGCAGCAGUACGUGGCCGACAGCUCGAAGCAGUCGCGGGACUCGGCCGAGAAGACUUUGGUCGCGACUGACUCGGCAUCUGCUGCCGCCGCAAACCACCACGCAAACCCCAAGUCGCUGUUUGGCCCGACGACCACGCACGACGCGGGCAAAGAAGGCCACUCCCCGCCAACACAGAAAGACUUCACGCCCAGCGGCUCCAGCGUCGACGAGCUCGUGAUCGUGAGCAAGCCCUCGGGCGAUCCGACGGAUGCUGCGUUGGCGGCGGGGUCACGGCCAGGCGAGAAAGAUCAGAAGGCGGCGAUACGCAUCCGGCAGCGCGUGCUGGAGCUCAUCUCGGAGAAUUGCGGGGAGCCGCUCACGCACAUCGAGGACAGUGCCAGUCUCCAGGAUGUCGGGGUUGAUUCGCUUUCGGUUAUCGAGCUGGGCUCGUCGAUGGAGGAUUCGUUUGGCGUGCAGUUGAGCGAUGAUGAUCUGCAUGUCCAGUCGACGAUUUUGGAUAUCUUGGGGUACUUGAAUGCGAACGCGUCGACGGGGGUGGCUGUCCAUUAGGUUAGGUAAUU